AUGUGUUAUCAUCUUCACUCCAGAAUGUCAGUGUUCCUCUAUCUGUUUUUCUUGGUAUUUGGGCUUCAGGCUACAAUCCAUUGUGCACAAUAUAACAGUUCUGAAGGCAAAGUAACGACCUGUCAUUUGCCCCAACAAAAUGCCACUCUCUAUAAGAUGUCAUCUAUCAAUGCUGACUUUGCGUUCAGGCUGUAUCGUAGGUUCUCUGUGGAGAACCCAGAUUGGAAUAUCUUUUUUUCCCCUGUGAGCAUAUCUGCUGCUUUAGCUAUGCUUUCUUUUGUAUCUGGCUCUAGCACCCAAACUCAGAUUCUGGAGGUUUUGGGGUUUAACCUCACAGGUACUCCAAUAACAGAAUUUCAUCAGGGCUUCCAGCAUUUGAUCUGUUCAUUGAAUUUCCCAAAGAAUGAACUGGAAUUGCAAAUGGGAAAUGCAGUUUUCAUUGGGCAGCAGCUGAAACCACUGGCAAAGUUUUUGGAUAAUGUCAAGACCCUCUAUGAAACUGAAGUCUUUCCUACCGACUUCUCCAAUGUUUCUGCAGUCCAGCAGGAGAUCAACAGUUAUGUGGAGAAGCAAAGUAAAGGGAAAAUUAUAGGCUUAAUUGAAGACCUUAGACUGAACAUUAUCAUGAUUCUGGUGAACUAUAUUCAUUUCAAAGCCCAGUGGGCAAAUCCUUUUCGUGUAUCUAAAACAGAAGCGAGUUCCAACUUCUCAGUGGACAAGAACAACACAGUACAAGUGCCCAUGAUGCACCAGCUAGAAGAAUACUAUCAUUUUGUGGAUGUAGAACUGAAUUGCACAGUACUUCAAAUGGACUAUAAUGAGAAUGCUCUGGCACUUUUUGUCCUUCCAAAGGAGGGACACGUGGAGUGGGUGGAGGCAGCCAUGUCAUCUAAGACACUGAAGAAGUGGAACCACUUACUGCAGAAAGGAUGGGUUGAGUUGUUUGUUCCAAAGUUUUCCAUUUCUGCCACAUAUGACCUUGGAAGUACACUUCAGAAGAUGGGCAUGAGGGAUGCCUUUGCUGAAGGUGCUGACUUUCUUGGAAUCACAGAAGACAAUGGUCUAAAACUUUCUUAUGCUUUCCACAAGGCUGUGCUGCACAUUGGAGAAGAGGGAACCAAUGAAGGAGCUGCUCCUGAAGCUGUGUCUCUGGAUCAGUCAGAAGUAGCUCCUCUUCACCCUAUUAUCCGAUUUGAUAGAACAUUCUUACUUAUGAUUUUGGAGAAAAGGACCAGAAGCAUUCUCUUUUUAGGGAAGGUUGUUAACCCAGCAAAAGAGUAAUUGGGGAAGAGGCCAUUGAGUGCGUACAUACUAUAAUGGAAAAUAAACAUUUAACAUAGCUUGAUGUACUUGCUGUGGGCUUAGACUUUAUGUCUUUUGUGCAAGGCAUAAAAGUGGCCCUCUUCUGGACUACAUUGGCUGUGGCAGUGGCUAAUCCUGUGACCAAACAGUAGAUAGUCAAUGAAUGAUUCUUAUUUAAGACGAGAGGAAGCAUCAAUGUUAGUAAAUCACCGUAAAGCUCCGCAUCAAUUAGCUAAAUCUAGAAAAUUUGACUGGGAUUACAAAUGCCUUUGGAUAUAUCAUCUGGACAAUAGCUGUAAUACAGGUCAAGUCUUCAUAUUACAGUAUUCCAAUAGCAUGAUCAAUGAACAUGCAAAUGCUUUGGCUUG